GAGAGAGAGAGAAGAGAGAGACAGGCAGGGAAAGAGACACACAUGAGACAUCAUUGGCAGAGAGAAGCCUCCUUGUUGUGUCUCCCCGAAGCACGUUCCAGGCGGACAGCGAAUAUGAUGCUGCCGGCUCCGUCUGCCAAGAUCCAGGUGGCUUCCAGUCUUCGUGGGAAGCUUUUCGCGACAUUUGGGAGAAGGGGGUGAGUUUGCGCUUCAGCUGCAAAUGCUAACCGGCUUAUUUUAAAAGCGCGGAGAGAUCCACAGCAGACAGUGGGGCGGGCGCAGAUAAAAACCGUAUAAACGGAAAUCGGGUGCGUUCGGAGGAACUUAAGAAAAGAGUCGGGUGCCUUUCGAGGACGGUUCUUCUUCACACAACUAUACGAAAACAAGCAAGAUGGAGGCUUCCCCCGGGACAAAAUGGCGGCCCCUGCUGCUGCUGCUCCUUGCCGUCAUCCCAGGCACCUUCUUGACGGGAUCCAGGCACACCUGCCCUUCACGGUGCAGGUGCUUGUCCCAGGACAAGGUUGUCUUCUGCAACGGCCGCAACCUGACGGCGGUACCGGGCCGGAUCCCUCCGGAUUCUGAGCUCCUGGACCUGAGUCAGAAUGUCCUCCGCACCCUUCAACAAGGCAUGUUCUCCCGCCUUCAGGCUCUGAAAGAGCUGGACCUGAGCUACAACGCCCUCUCCAACAUCGAGCCGGGCGCUUUCAACAGCCUGAAGAGGCUGAUGACCCUCCGGCUGACGGGCAACAAGCUGAAGAUGGUCCCCUCUGGCGUCUUCACGGGGCUUCCCAGCCUCGCCGUCCUGGACAUCAGCGAGAAUGAGAUUGUCCUCUUCCAAGACCACAGCUUCAAGGACCUCUCCAGCCUACGGAAGCUGGAGGCCGGAGACAACCACUUGAUCUUCGUCUCGUCCCAGGCCUUCAGCGGCCUCCAGAGCUUGCGGCAACUCACUCUAGAGAAGUGCAACUUGACCGGCGUCCCAACAGAAGCCCUCUCGCAUCUCCGCCAUCUUGUGGAGCUGCGGCUCAAGGUCCUGAGCAUCGGCUCCGUCCCCGACCACUCCUUCCAAAAACUGCAUCGUCUCAAGGUCCUUGAGAUCCACCGGUGGCCUUCUCUGACGGCGCUGAGGCCUCAUAGCCUCGCGGGCCUGAACCUCACCGCCUUGUCCAUCACCAGGUGCAGCCUCCGCGAGGUGCCUUACAAAGCCAUCCACCACUUGGUCCACCUCCGGUUCCUUGACCUCUCGCACAACCCGAUCUCUGUCCUCCGUGGGAGGAAGCUGGCUGAACUCUCCCGCCUUCAGGAGUUCCACCUCACGGGCGGGCGGUUGGCCACCGUCCAGGCCCACGCCUUCCAUGGCCUCGUCCACUUCCGCGUCCUCAACCUCUCGGGCAAUGGCUUGCGGACGCUUGAGGAGGGCGCCUUCCACUCGGUGGGGAACCUAGAGGUCCUACGGCUGGACGGGAACCCCCUGGCUUGCGACUGCCGCCUCCUCUGGAUCAUUCGCAGGCAGCGGAGGCUGAACUUCGAGGCCCGGCAACCCGUCUGCGCCACCAACUCGACGGGCGAGGGGAAGGUCUUCCGCAAAUUCUCCGACAUCCUUCCUGGGCACAUCACCUGCAGGAAGCCCACCAUCGAGAAGGAGACCCCUCCUCAGAGACUGAGCGUGGAAGAGGGCGGCCGGGCGAUGCUGACCUGCAAAGGCGACGGCGACCCGCCCCCCACCAUCUCCUGGGUGUCUCCUCACAACGUCUCCCUGGACGCCAGCCGCAAGGGCCGGCUCGCGGUCCUUCCCAACGGCACGUUGAGGAUCCACCACGCCUUCCCUCAAGAUGGCGGGGCCUACCUCUGCGUGGCCCGCAACGCCGCCGGGAACGACACCAUGUGGGCCCACCUCCGCGUCUUCAGCAACUUCUCCGUCAGGGUCAACGCCAGCGCCCUCAACGCCUCGAGCGCUGCCCUCCCGUUCCUCCUUGACGUCGGCACCUUGGCGGGGAUCCUGGCCAUUGGGAUCGUGCCCUUCCUCUGCUCGGUGGCCAUCUGCUUCGUCUUCAUCUCCCUCUGGAACAAGGGCAGGGGGACCGCCAAGCACCACAUCAUCAACGCCGUACCCCGAUAUUCCCGGGGCUACAAGGCCGUAACGAACAGGCACAAAAGGGUGGCCAAUAAACCCAGAUGAGGUACCAGCUCAACGUCUGAAGGCCGCCAUGUUGCUUCUCUUGGAAUGCCAGUGCUUUACGAACCGAAGGAAGCCAUUUUGAUUUUCAUAGUUUACACCGAAGUUCUCCUGCAGUGUAAAGUUUGCCAAAGAAAAGUGUAGAUUCCCUGCUCCCAGAUAAUUUUAGAACCAAGAUGGAUGCUUUUUAGUCAGAGGCAGUGAUAAUUCUGAAUCCCAUUUGCUGGAAACCACAGAAACGGAGAAUUGGUCUUGUGUUUGAAUCUGGGUAUCCGGUUGGCCCCUGAGAGAAUAGGAUACUGGACUAGAUGGGCCAAUGGUCUGAUCCAGGAGGCUCUUAUUAUCAUAUGAGAAUUAUUAUUACUUUUCUUAACCGCCUAUGACCAUAAGAACCCAGGGCGGGUCACCACAAUUUGAACUACAAUAUCAGAAGCAAAUUACAACAAAUUACAAUCGCAAGGCUAGCGUGAGUCAUAAUAUUAUCUACAGGUGUAUCAGGUGUCAAAGGUAAGGAGGGUGCGCCUUCCGCGUAUGACGAAAACUGUCUAGUGAAGGUGCCAGGAGCACCUCUGUGGGGACGGAGUUUCAUAGCUGAGGGGCCACCACAGAGAAGACCCUCUCCCAGGCUGCCACCCCCGAACCUCUGAGGGGGGAGUAAGAAUGAAGGGGGACUCCUCUGGCAAGCUGGCAUCUAAGAGGCUUAGUGGGGAAGGCAGUGGUCUUUCAGGUAUUUGGGGCCGAAGUCAUUUAGGGCUUUAAUAAUAAUAAUUUAUUACUUAUACCCCGCCCACCUGGC